GCCGUCGUCAAGUCUCAACGUUCGAAAAAAAGGGAACUUUGCGUGCAAAUCCGCUACUAAAACCCCCUUCCCCCACACAUCUCAUUUGCAUCAAAUCCACACUCAAAACCCCAGAUCUCUCUCAAGAUUAGAAGAAGAGAGAAGAGUAGAAAACGAAUCGAUUAUUUCUGUUUCUUCUUCUUCUUCUAAUUCUUUUGGUUUUAAAUCAAUCUUGUUCUUGUUCUUCUUUCGAUUCGGUAUUCGAUUUGAAAAAAAAAGGAGAGGAAUUAGUACAAUAAUAUGGCGACGAUGAACAAUCAAGAUAGCAACAACAACAACAACAACAGACAAGUGACUGCUGGUCCACCCAUGAAUGCCUCGAAGCAGCCUCUUCCAACGCCUAAGACCGUCGAUACCCAAUCUGUCCUCAAAAGAUUACAGACUGAACUGAUGGCCCUAAUGAUGAGUGGCGAUUCUGGGAUAUCUGCGUUUCCUGAGGAAGACAACAUCUUUUGUUGGAAAGGAACGAUUUCAGGUAGCAAAGAUACCGUGUUUGAAGGAACCGAAUACAAGCUUUCGCUUUCCUUCCCAAAUGAUUACCCAUUUAAGCCUCCAAAGGUGAAAUUCGAGACUGGUUGCUUUCAUCCUAACGUCGAUGUUUUUGGAAACAUAUGUUUGGAUAUUCUUCAGGAUAAAUGGUCAUCUGCUUAUGAUGUGAGAACUAUUCUGAUUUCUAUCCAGAGUCUCCUUGGAGAACCCAACACAAGUUCACCUCUGAACACCCAAGCAGCAGCACUUUGGGGUAAUCAAGAAGAAUACAGGAAAAUGGUCGAGAAGCUGUAUAAGCCGGUUGCAUAGAUGAAUAAUGCUUUGCGUUUGGGAUCAUGUAAAACAACGUUGUUGCAGAACGAAAGAAUUUUUCAUUUAAUUUACUUUCUGUUACAUACCUUGAGAAUCCUGUUAUUCUUUUGACAUAAGAAAUGUGUUGCUGUUCUCCCCGCGC